GCUUGUUAUAAGUGUAGUGCAUUUUAAACAUGUUGGAGCGAAACCGGGUUGUGUUGUUUUAAUGAAAAUUUGUGAUGAAAUAUGUCAGAAACGAAACGUGUGGCACUGAAUACUCUAGAACCCCAAAAAGUGAGUGAAAAAGUGAUAAAAAAGGAGUCGAAAACAGUGAGGAUAACUGUGAUCUUGCCCGAAUCGAAUGAAGACUACUACCCUGAAUACAACUAUAAGGACCUACUAGCUACUGCAAAGAAAAAAGUGAAACAAACCAAACCUCCCAACACCAACGGCCUCGAAAAUGGUUUGGAUCCUUUCGGCGACAACGACGACGACGUCAAAAGGAUCGCCCAGCAAAUGGAAGAAAAAUACGUGAGUUAUCGCUCUUCCGAAACCGCCGGUUCCGGGAUGAUCGGUGGAGCGGCAGGCGCGAAACGGAAGCGAAAAGGGCGCAAGGACGAUUACGCGGACAUCGGCAUGGGUUACGACGAAUCCGAUUCGUUUAUCGAUAACACCGAUGGAUACGACGAGAUUAUACCGUUGAACGUUACGACGCUACACGGCGGAUUCUACGUGAAUUCCGGCGCUUUGGUAUUCAAGACUGACGACGAAGGGAGCCCUCAAGCUUCCUCAUCUUCCGCAUCAUCUUCCGAUUCGUCAUCGUCCGAAGGCGAAGGCGACGAUGACGAGAAGAACAAGAGCAAGAAGAGGAUUUUGGAAACGUCCGAUAGCGAUAGCGACAACGCUAAUAAGAAGAAGAAACCCAAACUCCUAUUGCCCCCCAACACCAUGCAGCAAGCCAUCAAGAAGAAGUUGUUCAGCAAAAACAAGAUUCGCGUCGGAUCGGAUCCCAAAGAUCAUCAUCUCAAAAAGACUGUUAACGAUUUGCUGAAGGCGAAACGCGAAGAUCUCAACAUGUCCAUUCCGCCGGAUUUGAAGGAAGAAGAGGACGUCGCCGAGAAGGAUUCCUCGAAGGAGAAUAAGAAACCGAUGAACAUUUCCAGCGUCACCGACGCCAUCGAAUCCGUCGUUAAACAAGUCGUUGGAGAAAAUAGCCUUAGUCAAUCGACUGAUAAUGCUACAAUUGUGCAUAGUUUAACGAAAAAUAGCGAUUCCCCCGAGUUACCUGCGAAUGCUAGCGAUAGUAAAGCAGAACCUCGUAAAGUAGUAAAAGAAGACGAAACGAAACUACCCGAUAACCUACCAACGGAAAUAUUAGAUAUACUUUCGCAAUUGGAAAAAGCUGCCAUAAACUACAAGGGAGAAGGGAAAAAGGCCUUUUUCACCACCGAAGUUAAUUCCUUACUAUUAAGUCUAGAGAAAAAGAGUAAAAAUACGUUAAGCAAGUCGUCGAGAGCUCGAGUAUACGAACACCUGGCUAAAUUUGUAAAUUGUGCAAAAGACACCCUCAUUCGUCGAGCGAAGCAAUUGGAACUGGAAGAAUUCGAAAGAAGAAUAGUCAGCAUGAAAUCCAAACUGAAAGACAUCAUCGAUUGCACGAUGCCCGAUCUACUAGAGAAGUACAAACAGGAGAGCGAGAAGAUUUUGAAGAAAAAAUUCUCCAGCGAAAAUCCCGGUAGCGAAGAAUUAAAGCCUCCCAAAUUGCCUAGGCCGAAGUUCGAAUGGAGCGACGAAGCCAAGAAGCUCGUGAAGGAUAUCCUCAGCGUGAAGAAACGUUGCCUUAUCCUGGAAGGGAAGCACAAAGAUAAUUUAGAGGAUCAGAUCGUUGUAUUUCUGAAAACCGCGGUGUUGCCGUUGUGGCCGGAAGGUUGGAUGUACAUGAACACUCUCACGAAGGUGCACAACAGCAUGAGGGACAACUCCAAAUCAUCCAAUUCGUCCCUUUCCGGCGAAUCGCCGGCGAAUCUUUCGAUAACGCCGAUUAUCAACGGUAAAAACGCCAGCGAGAGACACAACGAAAUUUCGGAAAGCGUUACCGUAACCAAAAUCAAUCAAGAGAAACCUAAAGAGCAUGUUAGUGAUGAUAACGUACCGGUUACGAAUGUGGUUGUUGAGAAGAAACAGCUCAAACCGUCGGAUUUGUCGAUUAAUCUAAAGAAAAACGAUUCGAUUAGUAAACCAUCGGAUAAACCGCUUGUUACGAAGAUACCAGAGACUGAAGCUCAGCUAGAAAUUCUACCUGUGGAUAAACCAUCAGAUUUAUCGAAGCAUAUUCAAAAACCCGAAAUCGAUAUACUACAAACUAAAAAGUUUGAAAUAAUCAAAGCACCUCAAGGGUACGCGAACGUCGCAACAGACAAAGAAAUUCAUCAUGCAAUCAACCUAGAAAAACCUCAAAUUGUUCAAAAUAACGUCAAACACAAUGAAAAAUACACCUUCAAAUAUCUACCGUACAAGGACGAUAGUAAGAUCGUGGACAUUAUUCCAAACAAAUCACACACUGAAAUAUCCCCAGAUAAACAUUCUAGUCCAGACAAAAGCAAAGCAGCUAAAAAAAUCGAGGUACUCAAAUCAUAUCAAUCGAAACCGCCUAGCGACAAAGACACCGCUCAAGCGCCGGAGAAACAUCAAAAUACCAAACAAAACGACAAGUACACGGCGUUCUACAUGCCUUACAAGGAAGAGACCAAAAGCCUCGACAAACAUUCGAGUUCGGAGAAGAGCAAACAUUACAACUCGCAUUACUCGGACAAGGACUCGAAGUACUCUCAUUCCUCUCAUUCCAGCAAAGAGAAGCACUCGAAGCACGGCUCCCACAGUUCCCAUUCGAGGUCCGAACACAAAUACAGUCGCACUUACUCGGACAAAGACAAGCAUUACUCGUACAAACAUUCGUCGCAUUCAGAUAGAAAGCACGAGGAAAAAGACAAACCGUCUACGCGACCGGACAAUCCCAAAGCGCCGGAGAAAUCCAUCGAUUUGCCCGGCAAGCCCGUCGACUCGUCGAAAUUCCAGAUCUUCAAGCCCUACUCGGAUACCCCGAAGAAUUCGUACGAUUUGCCCAAGCCGCUCGGGGCGUAUUCGCGCGAUUUCGGCUCGUUUCCGAAGCUCGACGCCGAAGAUUGCGGUGUUAUCGUGAAGAACUUCCAACAGGGCGGCGAUAAGAACGCGAAAGACGACAAAAAUAUUGUGAUAUCUCAACCAGCCCACUGCCAAGGUAUAAAUUUAGGUGAUAAAAUGGUGAUGGACGUCUUUCCUGUAGUGAAUAACCACUUAUACGCGUCGAAUUCGUUAGUGCCGAAGUCGGACGGGGACGGUCAAAAGGACAUUCUGAUGGUGAUGGAGAAUUUGAAAGCGCUACAGAAGCUUUCCUCGUCUCCGGUGAAAAACACUGAUACUUCGUCGAGUUCUCCGGUUUCUGUUAUAGCGUACAAUAAGAAUUUUACGAUGACGAAAACGAGCGCUAGCAGUCAUUCCAUUAAGAACGAUUUUUCUGGCGGGUUCCAGGACGAAUUCCAAAAGCAAUUCAUUAGUUCGUUGCAGCACGGAGAUGCCUCGAGUAGUAAUACCAAUAAGUCUGGUUAUAAUAAUGGAAGUUAGUCGAGAUAUUUUCUCUUUAUUUCAAG